UGAUCAUGAUGUGUAUUGUGGAAACUGCACAAACACACAAAGCACCGGGACACCGUGUUCAGUGGGAACUCCUCUGCUGAAUAUGUUCGGAAUGAUGUCCGCUGACUAGUGUGUGCUGACCCACAUAUCAUGCACCUACCAGCCCCUUCCAGCCUCACCUUCAGCUGAGCCCCUCCCUCAAACAUCAUGGAUCCUGACCAACAGCCCAGCCCUCUCCCCCAUCCCAGUGCAGAGUACUUCUCUUGGGACUACCGCCUUUACCUUAUUGGCCUAGGCUUUGGCUUCUAUGCAGGGAUAUUCCUCCUCUCCCACCUCCUGUCUGUGGCCUUUUCCAGCACCUACAAGUCCCUGAUAGCUAAGGAGAAGGUCUUCUGGAACCUGGCUGCAACUCGGGGAGCCUUUGGCAUCCAGAGCACUGUAGUGGGUCUCAGAUGCCUGACUGAGGACUCGGCAUUAACCAGAGACAAAGUGAGAGGACAGGAAGACUGGUCCUGGUUCAACGUCCUCACAGCCACAGGCUUCUUUGUGUUUGAGAAUGUAGCUCUUCAUGCUUCCAGUGUGGCGUUUCGGUCAUUUGAUCUGCCACUGGCGACACACCACUUCUUUGCCCUGUCAGGGUACGCAGGAGCGGUGGUGUCUGAUUCAAUGGGCCACUUCCUGCCGAUGGUUACACUGCUGCUGGAGAUGAGCACGCCUUUCACAUGUAUAUCCUGGAUGUUACUGAAGGCUGGCUGGGCUCGCACCCUGCUUUGGAGAGCCAACCAGUGGGUGAUGAUCCACACUUUCCACUGUCGCAUGGUGCUCACAUAUCACAUGUGGUGGGUGACUUUUACCCACUGGAGCGACCUCAGAACCCAUAUGGCCACGCCCUUACUCCUCCUCUUCUUCAUCGGCCUCGCUCUGCUCACGUGCGUCCUCAACCCCAUCUGGACGCACAAAAAGACCAUGCAGCUGCUCAACCCUGUGGACUGGAACUUUGGAAACAAGCCGGCCCUUGUAAACGGCGCCAUGGAGGGUCGCUCUGAAGCUCCUGUCAAACCCCACGCCAGCUAAUGGGCACCAACGAGGAUAUUUUCCUAUCUGAAGAUGCCAUAUUUUUUCCGUUUCGAGUGAUGUGUGAAGUUACUUUGAGAGUGGCGAGAGCUUGAUGGGAUUGUUGUUUUAUAAAACUUUUCUGGGAGCAAUUUCAGUAUUGCAAAGCACAAAGUCAACAAUGUAAGUUGAAUUUAAAAUCUGAGGAUGGACCUUCAGUCAAGUGAGCCCAGAACAAAAUACACAAGACAGACAAGACAGGUUUUUUUUUUAUAGUGAAUCAGAAUCAGAAUACAUUUAUUAGUCCCACAGAGGGGACAUUUGCAUCGUUACAGCAGGAAAGAGCCACAGACAGCUUAAUGUUACCUAUGUUAAGAAAAAAGUAAUAUAGUGCAUGCAGACUGACUGAUAUGUGCAAGGUCGGGACAAGAUAGUAUAUUUCUCAUUAUGUCUAAGCAAGCACCGGACAGAAUCUUUUCAAAACAACUGAGUAAUUCAGGACAUCAUUAUCAUCAUUGUCUCUUGACAUUUGGUGAAACACCAGCAGUUCCUUACAGUAUUUGCAAAUGAUUAUGAAAAAGACAUAGCUUUCCAAUCUGGAAAUGUCACAUCAAGUACUUUUGUGAUUUCAAAAGGCCCCUACAGUUUAACCAGUCUGGAACUAUUUUGUUAAACGUUGCUACAUUGUCUUCCCUCAGGCUUUACUGUGUUGUUGGUUUAUUUUUGAUGUGAUUUCAUUAGGUUUGGUUAUAUGGGGCAGUGGGAAAGGACCCUGCUAGUUUACAUCAACUUCAGAACACUGGGUUGGAAAAUAUCCAGUUUACAAAUGAUGUUAUUGAUUAUUUAUUUACAAUAAAAUAAUCAUGAGACCUUUUUACAAGAGCCAUGCAGGAGCACAAACUUACAAAUUGAAGCUUGUACAGACAGGAGUCUUAACACUUUGAAGCAACUUAACACAUGCAGUAUUUAAAUAUUUACAGUAUAUUUGACUACUGACAGCUUUUUGUCUGAUGCUAAUAAUAAUAACAACAGACACUUAAUAAGUUAUGUGGGGACAAGAACCCCCCAUUAAUCAUGAGGACUUUUUAAUACAUCGCACUUUGGUGCUGAUUUGGCAGAGUAGGAAAGAACAUUGGUUUACGUUUAAACAAUGGGGUUCUAUAGGCUACUCACUGCAGCGAUUACAUACUAAGUGGACAAUUGGAUCAGUCCAUUUAAUGGUGCUUCUGCACUGGGAGUCCUCCCUCAGAAGAGAGGGAAAUAUUUACCGCCUUUUGAAGGACUGGCCCACUCCAUUUUUUGUUCAAAAUGGAGAUUUGAUGUGGCAAUGCAUUACCGGUGUUGUUAAGGAUUAGCUAAUGUUGAUCCUGAUCUUUUUUUGGGGCAUUUUGCAUCAAGAAAAGCGUUAUUUCUAGUUAUGCAAAAUAAGAAUUCGGGAAGAUGUUUUUGUUUUUCACACAAUAGCCUCAUUGUACUGGCAUCCUUGGCAUGGUGUGUUAGGAUUGUCCAUUGUCGUAUCUCUGGCAUUAGAAGCUUCGUUUGGUUCACUCAAAACAGCAAACUGGUCCUCUACAUUUCUCACAAUUUUGUCAGAGGCCCCACUCCAGCUCAUAUGUACGUUUGUUUAUACUCGGAAGAAUUAUAUACAUAUAAUGUUUACCCUAAGUAUGAAUCUAUGUUCAAAAGUAACAGCUUUACAGUAUUAAGCAACAACUUGAGUUGAACCUGAGAAGUAUGAAGCUGGGUUUAGCUCAUCAAAAAUGAUCCAAAUAACUGUAAUCUGCCUCAGGACGAUGGAGAGGAAGCUACACAUUGUAUCAUUUUGAAUGGAGUGUUUUAUACAUGUGAUCUUACUAUAUUAUUAUUGUACAUUAUUAUUAUAUUAUAAAACAUUACUAAUAUCGAAGAGUGUUGGAUUUUCGCUUCACCUUUCAUUUGUUGUGAAAUAAUAUCAUUAACAUUAUGAGAUGGGUGGAGGAUUUCCUGGGAGCUCUAAGUUUUAACAUCCUGUCUGUGUUGGGAAAUGCAAUAACAUGAGUUAAUUUGAGUGACAAAAUAAAUGGUUGGCUCUCAAACAGCA